CGUCAGUUACCUCCCAGUCUUGGAUACUCUCGUUUCACCGCUGAGAAACAUCAACAUAGUAACCCGGGAAAGGCGACCUCAGAGGCGGGUGGAGACGUUUCUUUUCGGGAAUCUUACAGCUAAAGCUUCACCUGGAGAUGCGGUUGUCUGUACGGACGCUGGGACGAUGGCUAUACGUCGCUAGAAAAAGUUGCUAGCUAGUUGUUGGCACCGCCGCUAGCUAACGUUAGCUAGCGGUACGGCUAGCAAACAGACAGCUGAACGAAACUGAAGCAGAAGUCCAGAGAAGUUCGGAUUUUCUCAUCAUGAGGACAUCGGCGUGAAUGUGGACAUCUAGAGACGCUGGAUUGCUUCCCUAAAGGUGAGUGGGAGAGAUGAGGAGCAGCAGGAGGUCUGAGGUUUCUCUCAAAAGCUCUGCUCAACAGCUUACCGAUCACAAUGUUGGCACAGAGCUGACAUCUGCAUGGAAAAGUUUGGCUCAGGGCAAAGCAGCUCUGCGGCACAUAGAAAACCGUAUAGAGGCAACUCCAGGAACAGGGGUUCUCCUGGACUCUGUCAUCAGCUCGCCCAAGAAGAAAUCUUCCAGGGGGGUUCGCUGCAGAGAUGGACAACAAGUUCCUGACCGUGGAGGCUCUUCAAAGUCCUGGAGCGGAAGUCACCAGAGUCCAGAGAAGAGCAGCUCACGCAGCCCUUUGAGGAACACGACUCAGGACAGCAAUGUCCGCAGGAGCAACAGUGUGGAGUUCAGGGAACCGCUGGCCUCGUACAGAGAGGCCACCCCUCCACCACAUCCCUCCUCUCAGCCGGAGGCCUACAGUCUGCACUCGGUGCCAGGGUCUUCGCACCCAUCCUCUCCGCCUCCCUCAGAUCCUCUGCACAGCCAGCUGGUUUACCUUAGAGACACCAGGGACAGACAGACAGACAGGGACCUGGACAGCACACACUCCUCAGCUCUGGAGAGCACUGAGGUGCGCUACCUCAAUGACCAGCUAGCCCUGGAAACUUUGAGGACUGAACAAAACACUCCCAAAGCACAACUUGGCAUGGAUAGCCAAGAGUCAAGCCCAUACGUAGCUCCCACUCCAGGACCUGUACGGCGAGGGGACAACACUCCCUCCACGAGCCCUGGGUCAGCUUCCCAACGUCUGGAGAACCUGAGGCGACAUCAGCCCGACAAUAAGCUGGAGAAGCUGAAAGAGCGCAUUCGGAGGCAGAGGCAACAUCUGGAGGAGGCUGCAGAGAGAGAGAAGCUGCUGGGUUCUCUGGAACAGCCCACGAUGACAGCUGUGGAGAGUAGUAGUGCUGCUACAAACCACAUGCCCACGGCCAAAAUACGCAAAGUAGCAGCUGCUCCACCUGCACCUGUAUACAAAGGUUUCAACAGUACUGAGACAAAGAUCCGGACUCCUGAUGGGAAAGUUUGGAAGGAGGAGGAGUUUCAUAACCUCAGCAGAGAAAUAUACAAAGACCUGUCACGACAGUUUGCUGAGAGCACCAGAUCCCGACAUCAGCAGCAGAAUGAACACCGAGCAGACCGGUCCAAAGAGAGGCGGCCUCCCAAACCCGUCAGGAAGGUCCACAGAGCUGCCCCUGCUGUUGACCUAAAUGCAAAAACAGUAAUUAGCCCUGCAUCGUGGCGGGAGGGUCAGAAGCUUGUGAAAAUGGUUCUGGGUCCGGGUCCGAAGCUGCCCAGGGAGGAGGACGGUCCCUAUCCAGCUGACAGCCGACCAGCUUCCCAUCGCCGCUCAGACCCACGUUCAGAAUCACGCAGUCGAUCUCGGCCAAACAGCACAGAAAGGCCUCGAAGUGGAGUUCAGGGGCAUUUCAAAAGUCACCCCGCAGCCACAUCCCUCCCCUCGUCUGCAGCUCAGGACAAGGUCCCAGUGGGAGUAAGCACAGACCUGCUGUCAGCGGACAUCCAGGGGAUUCUCGACGACCUUCAGCUGGAGUGCAAAGCAGCUGAGGAGGAGGAGGAGAGGGCCAGGAAAAGGUCCCGGGGUGGCAGCAGUGGUAGGAGAGGCAGAGGGGGCUCAGGGUCACGAACAAGGACUCCGGUCUCUUUUUGGGGGACUAAUCUGCCAGCGAGCAGCUCCUCAAGAGGCUGCCGCAGCGCCAGCCCGACUACACACCGACCAGAAACCUGCAGCACGGCUGAUACGGGGCGCAAGAAACGGCACUACGACGCAGAGACGGUUCGCCAGUACAUCACCCGGCAACAGGAGGAGAGGAGGAAGCGUCAGGCGGAGGAGAAGAGGGCGAUGAGGGAGGAGGCAGAGAGGAGAAACCAGAGACUGCAGGAGCUUUACAGGAAGCAAAGAGAAGCUGCUAAGACUGCGGCUCUUCCCAGUGAGGCCCCUGUGGCCCCUGUACAAAAGCGACUCCAGGAGACCUACAACAAGCUGCUGCUGGAGGAGGCCCAGCUUGGCGAGGAAGCCACACGACCUGCUCCUUCCAGUCAAAUGAGACCAAUGUACCAGCCCUCAGGAGAGUCGGACAAAGAAAACAAAAGACUGGAGGCACCACAGAGCCCCUCGAGCAGUGACAGGUCUUUGAAUGAUCAGCCACCUCCUCCAUUGUCCAGGAAUGAUCUGGAUGUUGGAGUCGCCUCUUUGCUUCAACCAGACCGUCUCUCCCCAGCCGUACGGCCUACGACUGCUGCCAGCAGCAGUGCACAAGCGGCCGUCGGUGAAAAUCUCUUCUCCCAGCUCUUAAGGCUGGAGACGGCAAUGGCUGUCGGUGACCUCAAGCACACCCUGCGUCCAGCCACAGCACCUUCCAGCAGGUCGCGGUCCAAAAUGUCCCGCAUUGAAGCCCUCAAGGCCACAGCUACGUCCCUCUCCAAGCGUAUAGAGAGCGAAGCACGGAAGCUGGCUGGGGAGGGGAUCAACUAUGGAGCAGCAACGUCAAUGGAUGUAGAUCCUGUUCUGGCGCCUGUGCCCUCUACUCUGGCUGAUGGAUGCUGGGCAGAAACAGCCACAGAAAACGAUGGCAUGACUAUGAAGAUCCAGAGGAUUUUGAGUAGCACAGGUCACAGUUCAUACAACGGCACAGCUCUUCCUGGUCUGGGCAACCUGCAUGCCUUCAAGGAGCAGAAGGAAAAGAACGGUGCACACAUGGGUUCCACCAAUCCACAUCCAGCGUCUGCUGAUGCAGUAGGACCUGGUCUUAACAGCUACACACAAGAAAGGAGGAGGCUAGUCAAUGGCUUGGAGAAGGAAGAGAGAUUGGAUAAAGCAGCACAAAGGAAGCAAUCUGACAAGGAGGAGAAUCACACAGAUCUCCACGACUCAAACACCAGCUCCCUCAGUGAAGGUCCUCUGCUGAGUGAAGGGAGUUUUUCUGAGGACGAGGUCAGCCCUCCUCGCCCCUCCAACUCUCAUGUACCCAAAUCAGCAGAUCAUCUGGAGUCAAUGGACUACUCUGCACGGCAAAGAAAGGAUUACACGCGGCUGUUUGACUUCCAGAGGGAGGCGGCGAUGUGCCCGGCCCUCAGCCCGCCACAGCACGACAGCAGCAGACCCAUCUUUGAAGAGCUGAACAAAGGAAGCCCACUCAGUGUAAUCAACAUCUUCUUAAAAAACGUUCAUGGCCAUGCUAAAGUGAGUGGGAGAAAUUCAGAGACCAAUUCUCCUUCUGCUCAUUCUUUGCACUCUGGAGACGCAGCAGUCUAUGAAGACGACUUUGUGUCAUCACAUAGCAGCAAAACCACCGGUCAGUUAAAGCGAGGCUCCAAUUCUCCCAGCACCAACAGCCACUUUGAAGAGCUGAUGAGGAGGUCUCCUUAUGAGAAAAGCACAGGAGGCAUUUAUUCCCACCAUUCGUCUUUUCACUCGUCCAAUCACUCCCCGCAUCUUUCCUCUGGUUCAACAUCUGGCUCUUCACCCCACUCCAGGCAUUCUGCCAGAAAAAGAGGAACGGCGUCCGACCAGAGCGACGCCACUCUGGUGGAGGAGCGGAGGAGCUCCUGCUCACCGCCUUCAGAGUCCCCAUCGUCUGAUUCCAGAAGAAGAAGCUCAGACAAAAGCUCUGCCCACAGCCAGGCCAAGAGCGUCCACUCUAACGACACUGUGGGGGAAACUUCAGGCCAUUCUCACCAAAGGUCCAAAUUGGCCUCUCCUACAAACUCUCCAGACCCAGCUUCUCCUCCAGGACCGGACUCUCAUAGUGAACCUCUGAGGAGUGGCUUUCUGGGCACGAACGUCCCAAACACAAGCUCCUCAGCUCACAGUGGUAGAGGAGAGGCCAGGCCCACAGGUGAGCUCCAGUAUUCACCCGCUGUCUUGCAGCAGCGUAUGGCGGCAGAGCUCCAGUACCUGGAGUCCAUCGAGGAGUCGAUGAGACAGCUGGGGGACGUGGAGAGGCUGAUGGGCGUGUCCAUGGCAAAGCAGGAGAGCGCGACAUUGGCCCAAAUGCUCAAGGCGAAGCAGCAGCAGCACGAACGCGACCUGUACGAAUUGAAGAUCAAGGCUGAAAGAGAAGCCCUGGAGGCGAAGCUGCAGAUGGAGGAAAACAGACAGAGAGUGGCCAGGGCUCAUUUGGAGCUGCAGGAAAGCUUGGCGGCAACUCAAAAGGAGACUUUGGAAGGCCUCCAGGAAUCUACUACUAAGAUGAUGAGUCAACAGGCUGAGGCAGCGCGGUACACAGCCGAUGCCGCCCGACACAUCAAGGAGAUGACAGAGUUAGCGCGGUCGCAGAUACCAGGAACCGUGAUUGUCCCUCCUGUUGCCACUGAUUCCUCCAUGUUGGACCAGCGAGAGGAACAAGAGAGCUCCUAUGCAAAGCAGCGACACGACAAAGCGGACCUUGACAGCUUUCAUAGUGAGGUGUCAAGCAGAAGGAGCAGGUCUGAGGAGCCCCUGUCUUCCCUGAACAGCCUCAGUCACUCUGACUCCCUGUCCUUUAGAAGACCUGAUGUCAGCAUAUCUGCUUCCAGCAGCCACCAUAGCCCAUCACAUGUCUCCUCAGACACCAGAGAACGGACGAAAAAAGACGCAGUAGAGGGGAAACGAAGAAGCGUAGGGGCUGAGGAAAGGCUGGAGAGGAAAGCAGCCAGCAGCUCCAUAGAGGAGGAAGUUCCAACAGCAGCAAAUGACACCCUCUGCAGUGACAGCAUCCCCUCUGUGGUGGAUGAGAAAGCUGACAGUACUUCAGUGGCCACAGAGUACUCACUCAAGUUCGAUGAGUCCAUGACAGAGGACGAGAUAGAAGAACGUUCCUUCCGGUCUCUCUUGCCGUCCGAGGCUCACCGCCGUGGAACUCUGGAGAAAAAGUCUCGGCACCACGAGGAAUCGGAGGACGACGGAGCCAAUCACAACACAACGCUGGUUUCAGGGUCGGGGUUGCACAAUACUGUAAAGGAUAUAACCUUUUCUGGUGGACAGGAGAGCUUCUCCCAGUUCACUAUGGACAUGGUGCGUCAGUACAUGAAGGACGAGGAGGUCAGACUGCAGCACCAGAGCUCUCUGCUGCACCUUCGCCAGAAAGCCCUCAAAGAGAAGACCAGAACGGAGCUGGCAUGGUUGGAGCAUCAGAAGAAGAAGCUGAGAGACAAGGGAGAGGAUGACAAAAUGCCUCCAAUCAGGAAGAAGCAGAGAGGACUUCUGAUGAAACUACAGCAGGAGCAGGCUGAGAUCAAGCGACUUCAGGAGGCCAACAAAGCAGCACGGAAGGAAAGGCAGUUGUUGCUGAAGCAGCAGGAGGAGAUUGAGCGGAUGAGAAACUCAACACUCAGACUGAAGGAGCGACUGAAGUGUGCUGGGGUUGAAGCUCCACCUGAGACUCCGGUGUCGGAGCUCCCAGAGUCUGAGCCAGCCUCGCCCAGCAUGAGGCACCCUGAUGACAUCCGCAGCCCCUCCCCUUCGCUCUCCAUCUCAGGAAGUGAGACCAGCAGCAUCAUGCAGAAGCUCAAGAAGAUGCGCUCUCACAUGGAUGAAAAACACUGUUCUCCUGUCCACUACUUCUUCUCUGUGUUCACGGCCCACCACUGGGCCUCCCUCAGUGUCUGUCUUCCCAACCUCCACCCUAAAUUCCAGCUCUUUAUCUACAACCAGUUGGCCAGGUUCCUGACCAAGCGAGAGCAGCAGCUGAUGCAGAGGCGUCACCAUGCCGAAGAGCUGCUGCAGUGGAAACAGCGGCUGGACCAGGAGGAGGCAGAGGUCCGGCGGAUGGAGAAGGAGGCCCUGGCUGUGUGGGACCAGAACACGCCUCGGGACAAGGAUCUAAAAAUGUCAGAGAGUCAGGAAAAGGACGUCUCUGAUAUUAGCUCCCGCCACAGUCACCACCGAAGCUCAGAGCCCCGAACUGACAGCGAGAAAGAGUAUGUGAGUGAGGGCGACUGUUCCUCAGCGACACCUGAGUCCAGUAUCCACACAGAGGGAUCCCAACAACUGAGAAGUCCUUCCUCGACACAACCUGCUUCAGUCGCUGAAACACCUUUGGCUUCGGUCCAGAGCAGCCCUGCCAAUUACACCCAGGACUUUACCUCAGAGUCACAGUCACCAGGCAGAAAUUCUUCUCCUCUCAAAGGCAGCCACAGCCCUGCUGCCUCUUCUUCAGAUGCCAGCAGUAAAACCAAGAUGCAGGUCCGUUCCACCUCCCGGACACCCAACCAGGCCUGCACUCAGCCCACUGACCCUCCCAUGGUCACGCAGACUGAAACCAUUUCAGACCAGAGUGACAUAGAGAGUCGAAUCAAAGCCCUGAAGGAAGAACUCAGAAAACGUAAGUUUAUGGCCUACCAGCUGAAGAAAGAGCAGAAGAAGCGGAACAAGGAGCGGCUGAAGGCGCAGGAGGCCAGCCUGCUGAAACAGCUGGAGAACUAUAACAACUUUAUAGAGAAAACCAAAGCAGAACUGAACAAGGAGCCAGAUUCAACACCUGACACCAACUCCCAGAUCAAAGAUUCCAGCUCCAUUUUAGAGCAGUCCUAUAUUAAACCACCUCCAAACAGGUCUGAAACCAGCAAAAUCUCAGACUCUGAAAGGACACAAAUUCAUCGCGAUGCCCGUCCUCCAGACUGCAGUAGAUCCACUUCAGUGCCUGAAGAUUUCUCUGAUGACGAACCACAAACAGUCACUCCGACUGUGGCAGCACAUGGGAGCCCAGAAGAGAGCAGCAGUCUGUCCACAAAAGCUCUUCUAAGACCUCAUUCAAAAGAAGACAAAAUGGAAUCUGCGGAUGAGAACAUUGUGUCUGAUCUUAGAUCUGAUAUUCAAGAAGAGCUGGACGUAGAGAUGAGCUCCAGGGUUGAGGAUGAAAGCUCUCAGCACCUUUUCAAACUAGAAAAGGAAGACAGACCUAAUGUCCAGGAGAGGUUGUCUACAUCUAAACACGUUUCCUCCUCCUUGGAUGAAGAACAGCGUUCUCAAUCUGUUGGCAUAGAACAGGAUGAACAAAUGAAGAAGGGGGAAAUAUCUGAAGGAGAGCAAUCUGGAAAGUCAAAUCUUAUUGACUCUCAACAACCAAUUUCAGCUCCCGUUGACCUCCAAACCUCACCACAUCCAGCCUUCAGCUCUUCCUCCAGUGAAGGUCCCUUCUCUUCAAACAAAGAGGCUCCCAUCAAGGAUAAUGAGGCUUCUCCCGUUGCAGAUGGUUAUCACGAUGACUUCGAGUCGUCAGUGGAUUCUUCACCCAGAGAGGUGCAUCGUAGUUCCAAGCUUGACUCUCACGUUUCAGUUUCCCCCACUGAAAUCAAGGUUUCAAGAAAGGACUCCUCCAGCAGAGCUGCGUCUGAUGAGGUCGUCGAUGAGGAAAUAGCUGAGGAGCUGAGUUACCGUUCUGAUGCAAGUGAAGCUAGCCGCCAAUCUGAAAGACUGUUAGAUCUCCUGAAGAAGACAGAGGAUUUCCAACAUGACAACACGAGCAUUACUCCACCACCUCUUUCUCCUCUUGAAGAUGAAAUGCCGAGCUUUAACAUUGGAGACCGGGUUCUUGUUGGUGGCGUUCAGCCCGGCACUCUCAGAUUCAAAGGUCCAACCAGCUUUGCCAAUGGCUUCUGGGCUGGGGUGGAGCUGGACAAGUCUGAAGGGAGCAACAACGGUACUUACGAUGGGGUGGUUUACUUUGAAUGUGUGGAGAGCCACGGUAUCUUUGCUCCUCCAGACAAAAUCUCUCACCUCCCCGACAAGUUUGAGCUCUACACAGAUACCACAGAGGACGAGGACUCGUUCUUCGAUGACUCGCCGGAUAAAGGUGAGAGUAAACGCAAAGCGCAUGAGGACAACUCCCAACAACAAGCUAAUCUGGAGGACAGAAAUGAACAGACAUCUCGUAAAGACACCAAAGCUGAAGAUAAAAAGGUUACAAAUGAGUCUCAUCACAAGAGCCAGGCUCCACAAACGGCCAAAUCCCACCUCAAUUCACAGCAUCACAAGGAGUCCAAGCAUCCAGUUUCUAAUGGCAACACAAGGGACAUAAUGUUGGAUUUUGAAGACGCAUCUCACAAUCUGAUCAUAUCUGACAUGGAUAAAGGAGACUUUGUGAAGCAGAGCAGGAAGGAAAUUAAGAGCCUAGUUGAGAGAGAAGAUUUAGACUCAAAAAGCCACCUUCCUCCUGUUGAUCUCACCACAGAUAUCAGGGAUGAUAAGAGAGAAGAGACGGACAGAGGUUUGCUGGACACAUUCGCAGACAAGCUCCUCAACGGCUUCGUGAAAGACACCAUGACGCAGUUUGCUGAAAUUAAAAAGGCAAAAGAGCAGAAGAUUGAAGCUGCCAACCAAAUGAACGGUGGCCUGUUUGGAGAAACGAUUAAAGAAGAGUGGAUGCCUUCAGUGGAACAAAAAGAUGGCCUGCCCUUCUUUCUGCCUGCGGAAAAAGAGGAACUGUCUUCUCCAGAACUGUGCAACCGACCUGAGAGUCCAGUGUUGGGGGCCAGUGGCCAAGAAGAGCUGGCCAAGCGACUGGCAGAGCUGGAACUGAGCCGCGAGCUGCUCGAUGAGCUAGGUGACGACCAGGACUGGUUUGACGAGGACUUUGGACUCAGCUCACGCAGGGAACAGCAAAGACUCAAAGAGAAAGAGGAAGAGGAAAGGCUGGGGGGAGGAAGAGGAGACGCGUCAGCCGGCCCAGCCAUGGGGGGGAUGGUUUCAUCUUCAGGUGGGGAGCAGCAGGUCAAGACUCCACCCAGACCUGAGCUGCCUCUACCCCUGCCUCCUAAACUCCCUGAGCAGCCUGCCAUGGUGGUGCCCCACUCAUCCUCUGAGGUGGAGAAGAUGGUCUUCGCAGCCACACAGGAGAUCUGGGACAGCUGUGACCUGGGGAAGGAUGGAGCACCGACCCUUACACAACUGUCAAACCCUCAACCUUCUCAAGAGUAUCUGGGCAAAGAGGCUGGAAGCCAGGACCAGGAGGCGCUCUCCAUCCGCAGCUACAAAAAGGCUGUGUAUGAUCUGACGUGGGAGAUACUUCAGGACAUUUAUGCUGAAGACCCCAAUACUGAUCAGCCUCAGUGGUUGAAACCGCGACGAGUCAAGUCUUCCUCCUUUCACAGAGUCAAGACACCGGGAGACGUCACCAAAAUCCAGGAAUUCAUCGCAGCAGAAGUGCUGAAACUUUACGGUCUGACCAAAGAUCAGAACCAGAAGACGGACUGGCAGAAGAUGCUCAAAUUUGGCAGAAAGAAGCGGGACAAAGUCGACCACAUACUGGUCCAGGAGCUCCACGAGGAGGAGGCCCAGUGGGUGAACUACGACGAGGACGAGCUGUUUGUGAAGAUGCAGCUGGCCGACAGCAUCUUCGACGCUCUGCUGAAGGACACGGCCAACGCGCUCACGCUGAUUUCCGACAAGAGGGCCAAAAGAGACGGCCUCUCCUGACGAACUUCCCGCUCCGAUGUUAAAACUACAACUUCUAGCUCAGUUUAAUUCCCGAUCCUCCCCUUCAGUCGACUCCGGCCGACCUCUCGCCGCCCGGGCUUCCACCAGCUGACGUGCCAACUGCAACCCUGUGAUGCCUUCAGUCCCAGUAUUACCUCUCAGCUGAGCAGCUUGUCCUCGCUUCUGUUUUUCAUUCGUGCGCUGAAUCUGCUUCAGCUUCAAACGUGGUGGUGAUGCAAUUUAUUUUGUUUAUUUUUAAACACAAGCCCGGCCUCGGUAAACCUUCACACCGUCUAUUCUCAGCUCUCUCCUCCUGGACUGGUCCUUUGGUCGCCGCCAGCUGGAGGACGACGGGAUGGACCGUGUCAUCUGUAAGCAUCUUAAAGUCCACGGAUGCUGCUACGCUCAUUGUUCCUCUGUGGACUUUAACUCACACCCACCUGCAGCAGAAGGAGGUCGUUAAACUUUGUGUCGAAUCGGUAAAUAUAUAUGAAAUUGCAAUAGAAGAGCAGAUGGAGUCAAGACAGUGCAGUUUGGGAUUUGACUCACUGUGUUGGCUUUAGAAUGAAACUAUGAGGUUCAAGUGGUGACUUUUAGCUUUAAUUUUAGGGCUUUUGCAUCCAUAUGAAGGGAUUAGCUCAUUUCUUUACAAACCCUCCUAUUAUGGCGGUUUGCAAACUUGCCUUAAAUGUAAAGAAAACUGGCUGGAGUCUUGAGUUUCGUCCAGUUCUUGCUUGUUUACAGACUUGCAGAUUGUAGUCUGGUCUAAAUGCAACACAAGCUAGCUGGGUUAAAGUCAGGUAACUUACCCAGCUUGACUGUAUGUGCUGCAAAACGGCCUUUUUUUAGCUACUAUGCAUUCAAUAAAUCCAAUAUUAUUCACCCAAUAUGGAUAGAAAACGGCACAUUUAAAGCUGAGAGUCAUCACUUUAACAGUUAGUCUUUCCCACUGCGCUGAGUUCAGAUAUUAUAUGAAACUUUCUGCCUCCUUAGUUAUUUAUUGUGUGGAAACGUUUGAUCAGAAGAGAAAGGAGCGUUCAGAAUUGUAAAUGUUCUCGACAGCGUGUAGAGAAAAAAAGUUUUAACAGUGUGUAAAGAGAAUCUAACGUUAUUGUAAAAGCACAAAUAGAAAUGUGAAUGUGAAUACGGCAAUACAUUAUGUAGGAGAAAGCAGGAGACGCAAAUCUGUUUUAAUAUUUAAAGUGUUGAUGAUUGAAAUGGUUUAGUUUGUGACUGUCCAAUCACCGCGUCCCGCCUCUGUACUGUAUGAUGAUUAUCUGCAUCUCAAGCAGGCUGCACAGAAACUGUCCUUGCGGGAGAUUUUUUGUUCGCAGCGACUGAGUGUGUUUUAAUUCUGUCUUUUCACUGCCAGCUGCUCAGCUUUUGGAGCUGCGUUGUGCGACACGAGCGUCCGUCUGUGUCCCGUUUAAUAAAACAGAGCUGGCGUCUUUUGGAAUUUAAAAAGCUGAAAAUACAUGCUAUUAGGGCUGCAACUAACGACGCGGCGACGAAUCGUCUGAGCACGAUACGUCAUCAAAUGUGGAAGUGAGCGCGCAAUGCAACAGAAAUCACCGUCCAACCAGAGCGCGGAACACGGACGGACAUCGGCGCUGCAUCCUGCAUGUAUUAUGUAUGCACGAUGCAGCGCCGAUGAUAAUAUGCAAAAAUAAGACCAUUUGCAAAGCUACUGAUGAUGUUAUCGCAUGACUUCUACUAAAUCAGCGGAGAGAAUUGUGAAUUGAGAGUCUACCUGAAAACAUCAUCAUAUUAUCUUCUGGCCCAACUGCCCAACCUGGAGAGGUCAUAACUAGCACAAAUCUAUAUCGAUUAACCAAAUUAUCGAAAUAUUGGAAGAAUCUCCGAAAUCUGUUCACAAGAGAAAUGGAAAAAACAUUCUACAUAACCAACAGGACGAAUAACAGUCAAACUUGGUGUGUUGCAUUUAAGACAACAGUGAAUGGGAUCACAUCACAGCGCAAAUAAUUCUUAGUGGUUGUUUUAAACUCCAUUUAGAGCCAUAUAGUAGCAUUUUAUCACACAUAACUUCAAUCAGACACAGGCGCUGCAUCGUGGAUAUACCGGGCUUUGCCAAAGUUCUGUUACACGGUUUCAUGAUCUUUAGAGACGUUUACAUGUCGGAGUGAAAAAUUCCAUUAAACAAACUGAAAGUUCUACCUUAUAGGCAGGUGUCAUUAAUACAGAUUUGUUUUCCGGUGAAGUUGUAUCAAGAUGGAAGUCAAAAUAGUUGAGAUAUCUGCUCUCCUUUGUGCUGAACAUCAGCCGGAUGACCGUCUUUCAGGUCUUCACCAUUCUUCAGCCUCUCCAUGACUCUGUGGACGGUCAUCCGGCUGAUGUUCAGCUGCUUGGCUCUGUCAGACUGGUUGUGGCCAGCAUGAAGGAGAGCAGAUAUCUCAACUCUUUUGACUUCCAUCUUGAUACAACUUCACCAGAGAAAAAAAUUGUAUUAAUGACACCUGCCUAUAAGGUAGAACUUUCAGUUUGUUUAAUGGAAUUUUUCACUUCGACAUGUAAACGUCUCUAAAGAUCAUGAAACCGUGUAACAGAACUUUGGCAAAGCCCGGUAUUAUGUAUGCACGAUGCAGCACAGAUGUCCGUCUGUGUUCCGCGCUCCCGUCAGACGCAGAUUUCUGUUGCAUUGCACGCUCACUUCCGCUUUUGAUGACGUAUCGUGCUCAGACGAUUAGUCGCCGCGUCGUUAGUUGCAGCCCUAGAAUGUAUAAAUAUAGUACGCAGGUGGGACCCAGAAGGCCUGACUUGAUGUUUUUUUAGAAAUCGCAUUAUGGGACACAACUGAAAUGCUGGAUUUGAGCCUUACGUAUCCUCCAGCCCGUUUUCCUUCCUGAGAAACCACCCGAGGUUCGUCUCGUCUCUUCAUCGGUUAUCUUCAGAGCAUUUACCGCCAUGAAAACAUCUGCUCGGCUACACGCUCCACUCCUUCCUGCUGCUGCUGAAUCACUUCCAGACAGAAGCCCGUUAACGUAGCCGGACCGCAGACUCUCCACGUUCUGUUUAAGUGCCUCUUUGAGUUGAGUUGUGUUGGUGUCUCAGCAUCCCCCCCUCUGGACCUAUUUUCUUCUUCGAAUGUCUCUUUCAACUGCUGUAUACGACCAUGUUUUUGUAAACUGAUCCUCUAACGGCUGCUUUUCCUUCUUACCGGUUUACCGAUCGUUCAUUUUCUGCCUUAUCGAGUCUUUCUGUAGCGCAGCAGAGGAAGUUUUUUAACAAACCCUCUCGUUCCCCUGAGGAAAUAUUUGUAAAUCGAAAGUCUGUAAGUCACCUGCUUGUCGUGAAUCUGCGCAUAUAGACGCGAGCGGAGUCCUUUUGCUGACGUGCUGCAUCAGUUUGUGGAAGCAGGACUGUUUCUAAGGGCUUCUCCGGUCCCUAACUGAGCUCGUUAAUCCUCACCGACUGUUUGGAGCUAAAGUGACCUUAAACUGAGUCUUUUUUUUCUUGUUGUUUUUCUACUGUCAGUGUUUUAACAGUUGCUAUAAGAUAAUGUGUUCAAACUGUAAAUUAUAUAAUGUAGAAAAAGACCAAAAACAUUUGAUACCGAGCAUCUCUCCGUGCUGUAGGACUCCGACGUGACCCUCCUGAACUGGUUGUAGGAGAGAGGAGCUCCUCUGUAACUAUGCAGUACUCGUCGGUUGUUUUGUACGGUGGACCAAGCAGCAGCUCAGACCUCAGCUGUAGUCUGUAGACAGAAAAUGAAUCUUCAUGUAUCCUGGAGCUGUUUGGAGCAGCUUCACCUUGAAUAAAACAAACGUACGGUUCGAUCCGAGGAAUUCUAAAGUUGGCACAAAACGUCUAAUCGUCACAUCAAAGCCCUCUCUUCCAUCUCCUCAGAUGUUUAUGAGUAUUUAUAAUAAUUUGCUGUGAGUGCGCUCCGAGUGCACUUGAAGACGUGUACAAUUCUUUCUCUUUUAUUUUGGUUUUCUGGGUGUAAAUAUCGCGUCUCGUCCGAUCCGACCCGCUGUUACUGUAUCCCAACGAUUGUUGUAAAUAAAAACGCUGUUUACUCUGCAAAUAUGUACAUAGUAUAUAUUUGUUAACUAAAUGAAAUUUGAACCUGUAAAUAAAGCUUUCAUCGUUUCUAAAGGAA